AUGUAAGUGUAGAAAAAAAGUCAAUAGUAAUCGUUUGCAGAAUAUGUUAAAUAAAUAACUAGUUAAUCUGUUAAUAGAUUGUAACAAACAUCUACAAAACAGUUUCGAUAGACAAAUCUUCCUUAAUUAUUAAGUGAUAUUGAUAGAUCACCAUAUAUGAUGACCAGUUUAGACAAAGCUAAAUUUCCUUAGGUGGCUAAGAUGAGCAAAACUUCCUAUUUGAAUUAUAGUUCAACAGAACAUAAGAAUUUUGAAGAUUUGGCAUCCAAAUUUGUUAAGCAGUUAGGAUAACAUACAACCAGAAUCGAAAAGGACACUCCAAGAAUUAAUUUGAUGCGCUUUUAGUUAAACAUCUAAAAGUCAAAGAGACAUCUAUUGAGAAAGAGUCCAAUGCCAUUCUGA